CCACUGCGCAAAACUUGUUUGCCAAGGGCGUGUUAAAAAUUUCCUUGACACCACUUACUGACGAACUGUGUUGGUCUCUGCUAUGGUUGAGGGAGCACUGCUAUGCCAUAAAAACUUACCCACCAUAAUGCCGUAGAAUACAUGUGGGAAUUUUUAGGAAUGGCUAAAUUUCAAAGACAGAAUUCCAAGAUAAUCUCGUAGUAACUGUGUUCGAUAAUCAAUUUUGAACAUGGCAUCUGUCGAAGUGGAGAAACUUUCAGAGCACCUUUUAAAAUGUCCGAUCUGCCUAGAGACAUACAGGAUGCCCAAAGUUCUCCCCUGCUUACACACUUUUUGUCAACACUGUUUACAAGGGCUCAUCAACAGCGGAGAAAACACCAUCAUUUGUCCGACAUGUCGCUGCGAGGUAUACGUCCCAAAGGAAGGCGUCGGAGCGCUGUCAACCAAUUUCUUCAUCAACAACAUGUUGGAUUUUCUCUCCGUUGCGAAGAGCAACUCCAACCCUGUUGUUUGCUCAAAUUGUGACGAGCAGAACAAGGCAACUUCACGAUGCAUUGAGUGUAUGGAGUUUCUCUGUUCGCAGUGCGUUGCAGCUCACCGCAGAACGCGAAUGACCAAAGAACACGAAGUCAUCGCUUUGGGUGAACUUCAGUCGCAGAAAGAGGUUCAAGAAAAGUUACACAGACCCUUACUCUGCACGGUUCAUGAGCGGGAUGUAUUGAAGUACUUUUGUGAGACGUGCGAUGAGCCUGUUUGCCGUGAAUGUCUUAUCAUUGAUCAUAGAGAACACCAUUAUGGUUACUUAAAAGAUGUGGAUAAAAAACAUCGAUCAGAGGUUGGAGUUCUUGUUAUGAACACCAAAAAACGAAUCGCCCCUUUGAAAGAAGCAAUUGAAAAAGUCUCAGAAAUGAAACAGAAACUGGAUUACAAACUGGAAGAAGUACGAGAGGAAGUUAUUCAAAACUGCAAACGAUGCAGAGAGGUUGUUCAAGAAAGAGAAGAAGAAAUUCUCACACAGGUUAAUAACAUUUAUCGAAUGAAAUCCAAAACGUUGGAAAUCCAACUGGAUGAGCUCGAAAUGAUGAUGGGAAAUCUAAACAGCAGCAUCGAUUUUACUGAAAGUCUCCUUCGGCACGGAAACGAAGCAGAGGUGAUGCUGGUCAAAAAGCAAAUGACACAGCGAUUACAGGACUUAAACAGCGUAAAGUUAGAGUACCUGCCAUUGGAAGAGGAUCUUAUUGAUUACAAGUUUUCUACCGACGGGUUUAGAAAGUCCCUUGAGCAUAUUGGCGAGGUUAAGGUUUACCAUGCGUACCCGCCAUAUUGUUUUGCCACGGGUGUGGGGAUCCAUCGAGCUAAGUCCGGAGUGGAGGCAGUGUUUCUUGUUACAACUAAAGACAGAAUGAACGAGGUAUUCAGUGGCAGAGGAGAGCCAAUCAGAGUUCAGAUUGAUCCAUCCGAGGGAGAUCCCGUCGCGACAUACGUGAUUGACAACGAAGACGGCACCUUUACCAUAUCCUAUCAACCUGUAGCACGGGGACUUCACCAGAUCCACAUAACCAUGCGAAAUAUCCAUAUCAAUGGGAGUCCUUUUAGUGUUAACGUGACUGGAAGAAUGGACUUUGGAAAAGUUGGGAAAGUCAUGGCAUGCUUUGGCUGUGAGGGAGCUGGGGGAGGGGAGUUUAAUAUGCCCUGGGGUGUCACCAUUGACGAUGAAAACAACCAUCUUAUUGUCUCCGACUGUAACAACCAUCGAAUUCAAGUGUUCGACUUUGAGGGAACAUUCAUGUUUAAGUUCGGCUCAGAGGGCACGGAUAAGGGGCAAUUCAGACACCCCAAGGGUGUGGCCCGUGCCCCUAACGGCCAUAUAAUGGUCGCAGACUCCAACAACCACCGAGUUCAAGUAUUCAACGAGGACGGCCGAUUUAUCAGGAAAUUCGGAAGCUUUGGGAUGGAGCGACCGGGCCUCCUGAACCAUCCGUGUGGAGUGGCAUGUACCCCUGGGGAACUGGUGAUAGUAACGGAACAGGACAAUCACCGGGUGCAAUUGUUUAACAUGAAUGGGGAGCCCGUGCGUCAAUUUGGAACGCAGGGGUUUUCAAAGGGACAAUUUAUAUACCCUCAUCACGUGUGUGUGAAUCAGCGAGGAAGAAUCAUUGUGGCCGAUUGUGUCAAUGAUCGAGUUCAAGUGUUUGAUUUGGAAGGGAAAUAUUUAUCAGACUUUGGAAAAGAAGGAUCACAAAAUGGCUUAUUUGACGGUCCCGAGGGCGUGGCCUGCGAUGACGAGGAUAACAUCUUAGUGUGUGACUAUCACAACCACAGAGUACAAGUGUUAAAUUCUAAUGGCGAGUUCGUCAACGCGUUUGGUGCUUACGGUGAAGACGAGGGGUGUUUUAAGAAUCCCUGUGGAAUUGCCAUAACGAAAGAAGGCAAUAUCGUUGUGGCUGAUAGCGGAAACAAUAGGAUUCAAGUCUUUUAGACCCCGCGAUUACGAUCUGUGCAUAUUUAAAGGAAUAGUAGUGAUCCAGAUUUGUAAUUUUUUUUUAUUGAGGCUAAUGGGAAGGGAUGGAAGUCGACCCAAGACUGAAAUGAUUUAUUCUUUAUCCCCUACUUAUCAUAACUUUUUUCCUAGAACCACAGUGUUGCAUUCCAAAGUCGCGAAAAUUUGUAAAUAUAAAUUAAAUGAAAGGCCAAGAAUUGAUCUCCCAUUUCAGAGGUUCAUCUUGAGAAUAACAGUCUUUGUAUUUAACCGUUUGUCUCUUGAAUAGUUUGGCAAUUAUUCGCCACAAUUCGAACAUUUAUAGUACUUUGUAUCAGGAAAUCAGAACAAAAAGAAUAGACUGAAGUAGUAACCGCUUGACCGAUUUUCUGUCGGGUUAUCUCAUCAUAUUUAAAAAUGUGGUAACUUCACUAUAAUUACAAUUCUCAGUGAAAGUUAUCUGAUUGAUUCUUUGAUCAGUAAAUCAGUGGUAAAAAUCUCUAGCUCAGCCUAAACUUCGUUCCCAGGCAUCUCUCUUCUUACCACCUUCAACUCUCGUUUAUCUUCUUUUGUUUUACCAUCUCCCUUUUGCUCCGGGGACUGGAGAAAAAAAAAAAAAAAAAAACCACAGGAACCAGGUUGACGCAACCUCUUGUAAAAUAAGUGUAGCUUGUAUUAUAAACUGUCACUUUAAUUCUUUAUUUCUUCUCCUUUCCUUAUAAAUAUUUACAAGACUUACUUCCUUUUUACUGAACUAAGCUGAGUAGUAAAAUAAACCGUUUUAUUUACCAUGUGACUGCUUUGAAGUAUGCACUGUCUGAUAAGAUUACUGACUGAGAAGCAUGGAGAGGGACCACAGGUAACUAUUGAUUCACACCAAACCCGCAACUACACAAAAAAAACCUUCUUAAACAACUCAAGCUAGCUUUUCUUCAAAGAAGUCUUUCCAAACAAGAGA